AUGCCGCCGUGGGGGGCCGCUCUCAUUUUGCUCCUGGCGGCGCUCGCCCUGCUCUUCCUGCUGGUCCUGCGGCUCAGGCGCCCCCGGAGCCGCGCCGUCGGAGCGAAGACCCUGCCCCAAACCCCGGGCCAGGAUCACGAGGAGGAGGUGGAUGGCCGAGGCCUGACGGAUCAGUUCAGCGACGGGCAGGAGCCGCUGCCCGGAGGGUGUAGCCUCAUCUGUAAGCCGUCGGCGCUGGCCCAGUGUCUGCUGCGCGCCCUGCGGCGCUCGGCGGCGCUGGAGCCCGGCCCGCGCUCCUGGUUCUCCGGUCCCCACCUGCAGACCCUCUGCCACUUCAUCCUGCCCGUCGGGCCCGGGCCUGAGCUGGCCAGGGAGUACCUGCAGUUGGCGGACGAUGGGCUGGUAGCCCUGGACUGGGUCGUAGGACCCUGCACCCGUGGCCGCCGGGUCACCAACUCCGGGGGGCUUCCAGCCGUGCUGCUGGUGAUCCCCAAUGCGUGGGGGCGCCUCACCCGCAACGUGCUGGGCCUCUGCCUGCUCGCCCUAGAGCGCGGGUACUACCCCGUCAUCUUCCACCGCCGCGGCCACCACGGCUGCCCGCUCGUCAGCCCCCGGCUGCAGGCUUUUGGGGACCCAUCUGAUCUCAAGGAGGCUGUCACUUACAUCCGCUUCCGACACCCGGCGGCCCCCCUGUUCGCGGUGAGCGAGGGCUCGGGCUCUGCACUGCUGCUGUCCUACCUGGGCGAGUGUGGCUCCUCCAGCUACGUGACAGGAGCUGCCUGUAUCUCGCCGGUGCUGCGCUGCCGAGAGUGGUUCGAGGCCGGCCUGCCCUGGGCCUAUGAGCGCGGCUUCCUGCUGCACCAGAAAAUCGCCCUCAGCAGGUAUGCCACAGCCUUGGAGAAUACAGUGGAUACCAGCAAGCUGUUUAGGAGCUGCUCCCUUCGUGAGUUUGAGGAGACCCUCUUCUGCCACACCAAGACUUUCCCCAUCAGCUGGGAUACCUAUUGGGAUCGAAAUGACCCCCUACGGGAUGUGGAUGAGGCAGCUGUUCCUGUUCUGUGCAUCUGCAGCACUGAUGACCCCAUAUGCGGGCCCCCUGACCGCACACUGCCUGCUGAACUCUUCCAAAGCAACCCUUAUUUCUUCCUGCUACUCAGUCACCGGGGAGGCCAUUGUGGCUUCCUGCGCCAGGAGCCCUUGCCAGCUUGGAGCCACGAGGUUAUCUUGGAGUCCUUUCGGGCCUUGACUGAUUUCUUCCGAAUGGAAGAGAGGAUGAAAGGACUAAGCAGGCGUCGAACUUCAUUCCUAGGAAGCCGACGUCGUUGGGGAAUGCUGCAGAAGCGAGAGGUCUCUUCCUCUUCCAAUCUAGAGAUCUUUAGCUGGAAGCGAUCAUACACAAGGUGAAGCGUGCUUGGAGAAGGCCACACUCUGUCAAGGAAGAACAGAGUUGGGCACAGCAGAAUAAAAAAGAUGGUGAGGACUUGGGGCUGAA